UCGCUGCGCGCGGAUUGACCUGGCCGAACCCAUCAGUUUGGUCAUCGCUUCAACGAACGGACCCGUGUCCGGCCCAGCUCCGAACUCACUAAAUAAGGUACCUACGGAGUACUGACUGGAGGCUACUGCCACUGGUAGACUCAGUUACCCCAAGGCCGCGCCAGACAAUCACCCCACAUUCUUCCUCGCCGCCCAGCGCAACCGCAACGAGGGCAGUCGCAAAGAUGCCCGUCAGCUCCCCACCUUCGAGUCAAGGUGCUUCGAGUACUUCAGACUCUGCUGCCGCUGGUUCUUCUCCCAUCUCCCGUCUGAACAACAUUGCCAGUCACAUUGCGCCCAAGAUGGCUUCCACAACCAAUUUCCCAUCGGACGUUGUCCCCCAAGCGCCUGAGGACCCUCUCUUUGGUCUGAUGGCCGCUUUUCGGGCGGAUGAAAGUCCAGACAAGGUGGACUUGGGUAUCGGCGCCUAUCGCGACGACAACGCAAAACCCUGGAUACUGCCAGUCGUCAAGAAGGCGGAUGAGAUUCUCCGAAACGACCCCGACCUGAAUCACGAGUAUGCGCCGAUUGCUGGUAUCCAGAGCUUCACGUCCAAGGCCGCCGAGCUCAUGCUUGGUGCCGAUUCGCCCGCUCUCAAGGAGAAGCGCUCUGCGUCUAUCCAGACCAUCUCUGGCACAGGCGCCGUCCACCUGGGCGCUCUCUUCCUCGCCAAGUUCUUCAAGGGUAACCGUACUGUCUACGUCUCGAACCCUACCUGGGCGAAUCACCACCAGAUCUUCAGCAACGUCGGCAUUCCCACGAAACAGUACCCUUACUUUGACAAGAAGACCAAGGGCCUCGACUUUGAGGGCAUGAAGAAUGCCAUCAAAGAUGCACCCGAGAGAUCAAUCAUUCUGCUUCACCCGUGUGCCCAUAACCCCACCGGCGUCGACCCGACCCUUGACCAGUGGAAAGAGCUCGCCGAGGUGAUCCGUUCCAAGAACCACUUCCCCUUCUUCGAUUCGGCGUACCAGGGCUUCGCCUCGGGCAACCUGGCCCGCGAUGCGGCGUCUGUUCGCUAUUUCAUUGAACAAGGUUUCGAGCUCUUGAUCGCUCAGAGCUUUGCCAAGAACUUUGGUCUCUAUGGCGAGCGUGCUGGUUGUUUCCACGCUGUCACUGCUCCCGGGCCAGAUGCUCAGACCACCAUCAGCCGCAUAGCCUCUCAACUCGCUAUCCUCCAGCGCUCUGAGAUCUCCAACCCACCUCUGUACGGUGCGCGCAUCGUCAGCCUUGUCUUGAAUGACGCCAAGCUGUUUGCUGAAUGGGAGGACAAUCUGACCACCAUGUCUGGCCGCAUCAAGGACAUGCGCAAUUCUCUGAGGGCCAAACUCGAGGAGCUCGGCACACCAGGCACCUGGAACCACAUCACGGACCAGAUCGGCAUGUUCAGCUUCACUGGGUUGACCGAGGAGCAGGUGAUGCGCUUGCGCAAAGAGUCGCACAUCUACAUGACCAAGAACGGUCGUAUCAGCAUGGCGGGUCUGAACACAAAGAACAUUGAUUACUUUGCAAAGGCCGUCCACGCCGUGGUGUCGAGCAGCAGCUGAUGCAAGUGUCGCAAGUGGGAGUUAUUUAGAGACCUGUUGAGCAAGUAUGUACUUUAGCGUCGUACGCCAUUAUCUUUGUAGAGGUCAAUAGGACUGGACUUGUGCUAGGACUGUCUUUGGUGGCCGAGAGGCUGCUAUCUAUAGUAGACUGCUGUAAAUUUG